GGCGGAGAGAGGCGGCAGUCGAGUCCUCCCGUAUCCCAGCAGGCAGUGCAGUCCGGAGCCGCUGACAAAGGAGCAAGGAGCAGUCGCUGCUGCUUUGCGAGGAGCCACUGUUACUGAGUUGCCAAAAUGCUUUGGAGUUUUUAACUGAAUCUAAGAAAGUCCAAAAUAGAUUUGAGACUGUAAAGACAGAAGCUGCAGCAAGAGGGAUUCAGUGCCAAUGCAUCAACAAAAAAGACAACCAGAGUUAGUGGAAGGAAAUCUUCCUGUUUUUGUGUUCCCCACGGAGCUAAUAUUCUAUGCAGAUGAUCAGUCAACGCAUAAGCAAGUGUUGACUCUGUACAACCCCUAUGAGUUUGCCUUAAAGUUCAAAGUUUUAUGUACGACUCCAAAUAAGUAUGUUGUCGUUGACGCCGCUGGUGCAGUGAAGCCUCAGUGCUGUGUGGAUAUUGUGAUUCGUCAUAGAGAUGUUCGAUCCUGUCACUAUGGUGUGAUAGACAAAUUCCGCCUCCAAGUUUCUGAGCAAAGCCAGAGGAAGGCUUUAGGAAGGAAAGAGGUUAUUGCUACUCUUCUCCCGUCUGCGAAAGAACAACAAAAGGAAGAAGAGGAGAAGAGAAUAAAGGAACAUUUAACCGAAAGUGUAUUUUUUGAGCAGUCGUGUCAAGCAGAAAACAGAACUGUCUCUUCAGGACCUAGUUUGCUAACUGUCUUCCUGGGAGUGGUAUGUAUUGCGGCCCUGAUGCUGCCUACUCUGGGGGAUAUGGAAUCGCUGGUGCCUCUCUACCUCCACUUAAGUGUGAAUCAAAAAUUAGUGGCUGCUUAUAUCUUAGGUCUUAUCACAAUGGCUAUACUUAGAACAUGAGCAAGGAUUCAAACUGACUUCUGAAGGAAAUUUAUCUUAAAUAUGAACGUGGACUGCCUUUUAUCUAUUUACUCCAUGAACCCACUACAAAUUAUUAAAUGAUUUCAAGUAACUGCAAAUGUAUAAUAUAUAUUUUCAAUUAGUCUAUAAUUUUAUUUGAAGGACUCUAGCACUUUAUGUUACAGACAACAAAGCGAUAUUCCUGAGGGAUACAUUGGGGAUUAUUUGAAGACUUUCUUUUCGAAUCUUUACCUAUUGUACAAAUAACUUUAAAUAUUAUUUUUCAUCUUUUUUGUCUAUUUCACUUUGAUAAGGGUCAUGGGUCCUUCAAAGUUUAAGACCUAAAUGAGCAACUGACCAGCUUGAACAUCAAAUGACAUUUAUUGCCUAGACACAAGCAUCAGCAUUACUACAUAAAUCAUCAACUUCCCUCUAUCAUUGCAAGAAGUUGCUGUAGUGUUCUUAAAACAAGUAUGUUAUAGUCCGUGUGGGAAAGGGGUGAGAAAACAAGGUACUUACUGGGGGAUCACAGUUACCUUACAGUCUCACCGAAGACAAAAUGUAUUGUAAUCAUCUUGUGAACUACAGAACAGGCUGUGGGUCAGACACCAGGCACCUCAUAGAAGUAGACUGGCUUCUCUGUUUAGCCUGAGAGUGCUAAAGGAAGGUAGGCAUUUUUUAAAAAAUUAAUUUGUUCAUCCUGGCUUCAGCUCUGGCUAACCAGAGCUUAUGUUAUUAAGGAGAAAAAUUACCUUUUGGUUUUCUCCCACGUCCCUUGCUUGCCUGAGUGUUCAGUAACUUGCUCUGAUUAGGAAUGGCAGAUGGCAGUUAGUAUCCAAGGACAUGAUUUUUUUCAUCUUCAAACUCUAAACCAAGUAGAGAAAGCCCUAAAAUACCUGUGUCUAUUUUGUAUCAGUCACCAAGACAUUUUUUAAGUUUUUAUUUAUUAAAAGAUUUUACCAAAAAAGUCCCCUGAGCACAAAUAUUUCCAUUUCUCUCUAGCAUUUUCUGACCUCUGACCUCUGACAUCAGUGCAGCUCUAACGGUUCUUCUCACACCAACUGAUCCUUUUUGUCUUAGGAUUUUUAUCUGAAAGCACAAUGCAUCGAGCCUCUUGAAAAUCGAUUUCUCUUUCAGCUCUUUUUAAUAAACUUCUGCACUAAUAAUGUAGCAUUCUCAAGGAAUAUAUGUAAACACAAAUGUAUGCCCGAAGUUGAUUGUUUUGCAGGAAACAAUACUCUGCUUCUAGAAGCUCUUUUGUCUAGUAUUUCAUAGGAAAUCAUUGUUUAACCAUUUGCAGAGAGCAUAAAUCAUUUCAGUGAAUCAUGUCUGUACAUUGUAUAAUGACUGAAAAGCACAUAAAUGUAAGCAACUUUGAACUCAGAAAAACAUGUUUGUGAGGCUCUA